CCCACGCCGGGCGGGGCCUGGCCGGACCACUCUACCGGGGUGGCCCGCGAGCCUUGGGACACCAGCCACGAGGUGGCCCGCGCGCGGGGCUGGGUCUCGAUGGCUACGUGGAGGCGGGAUGGCCGGCUAACCGGCAGCCAGCGGCUCCUGUGUGCAGGGCUGGCGGGGGCGUUGAGCCUCAGCCUCACCGCGCCCCUGGAGCUCGCCACCGUGCUGGCCCAGGUCGGCAGGGUGCGAGGCCCCUCCCUGGGGCCGUGGGCCACUGGACGCCGAGUGUGGCUAGCUGAGGGGCCGAGGGCCCUGUGGAAGGGGAACGGCGUGGCAUGCCUGCGCCUCUUUCCCUGCAGCAUGGUGCAGCUGGCCGCCUACCGAAAGUUCGUUGUGCUGUUCAUGGAUGACCUGGGCCAUAUUUCCCAGUGGAGCUCCAUUGUGGCCGGAAGUCUUGCAGGCAUCGUUUCUAUGAUUGUCACAUACCCUACAGACCUCAUCAAAACCCGGCUGAUUGUGCAGAACAUGCUGGAACCAUCUUAUAGGGGUCUUAUCCAUGCUUUUUCUACUAUUUAUCAACAAGAAGGGUUCCUGGCCCUUUAUCGAGGGGUGUCCCUCACUGUUUUAGGUGCUGUUCCCUUCUCUGCUGGCUCCCUUCUAGUUUACAUGAACCUGGAGAAGAUCUGGAAUGGACCCCGGGACCGCUUCUCUCGCCUGCAGAACUUUGCCAAUGUCUGCGUGGCUGCUGCUGUGAGCCAGACUCUUUCCUUUCCCUUUGACACUGUGAAGAGAAAGAUGCAGCAUCCUUUGACCAGUCUGGUCAGUGCCAACAAACUAAUGCUGUCUUCAGACAUGAUGACACUCCACUCUGCCACUCCGGUCCACAAAACAUCUCCUCUGUCUGGCUUGCCUUUUUCCUGUCCUUGUCCAGAUGAACCACCGCCACGUUGGUGUGACUGUAGUGCAGAGGAUGAUGGAGAGGCUCAAAGUCCUUAUCUUGUCCACUGUGGAGGAGUGGAUGUCCAUUUCUCAGGAGCGGUGGACUGCUUCCGGCAGAUAGUGAAGAGCCAAGGGGUGCCGGGGCUCUGGAACGGACUGACAGCUAACUUACUGAAGGUAGUUCCAUAUUUUGGAGUUAUGUUUAGUAUGUUUGAGUUCUGUAAGAGAAUUUUUCUUUAUCAAAACGGUUACAUCCUGUCCCCGGUGACCUAUAAAUUGACCCCAGGGGUGGACCAAAGUCUGAAGCCCCAGGAGUUACGGGAAUUAAAGAAGUUCUUCAAACCCAGAAAACUGGAAUCUAAAAAGCCAACUCUGUAAAGCUGACUGGAACGACGCUGGUGGAAGACGCGCGCAAUCACAGAUGACUAUGGCCUCUUACCUGUGCACGUCAGGAGGAACAAUGCAUCACCUGGAAACCCCGAAUCUUCCCUGUGAAUACCUGGGCCUUGAAAAGCUUUUCUGACACUGCUCUGUCACAAUGGCACUCCACCAGACUACAAGGAAGCCUAGUAGCAAUCAGAUGCGCAGUAUACCCCAGAAGAAACCUCGGGAAGGAACAUUGCCACAACACUUCAGAGCACCUUGUAGCUGAGGUAGCAGGGCAGAAGGCGUGUCACGAGCCCAGCCAUGGGAGUGCAAGCAGAGUAGGACAAGUUUUUCUCACUUUGACCUGUGGCUUCAUCACACAGACUUCUUAAACUCAUACCUUUGUUGGCUUCUGAGAGCACCAACCACCAUGUCGGUUAGGCCUUAUAAAAAACCCCAAAUGAGAACUUUUUGAUGUUUCUUUUUCUUUUUUUCUAAAUGAUCUUGCUACAAAAUCUAGACUCCGCUCAGAGUCAUGGUCUUCCUGCCUAGACUUCCAGCCAGCUGAGAUUAUAAGUGUGUACUACAAUGCUCAUCCUCGGAACCUUCAUUCUUCAUUGAAAAAUCAGGCACCUGGAGCCCGGUGGUGGCGGUGGCGGUGGCGCACGUCUUCUAAUCCCUGCACUCAGGAGGCAAAGGCAGGUGGAUCUCUGUGAGUUCAAGGCCAGCCUGGGCUAUGGGGUGAGUUCCAGGAAAGGUGCAAAGCUACACAGAGAAACUCUGUCUCGAAAAAGAAAGAAAGAAAAAGAAAAACUAGGCACCAGAAGCUUAGAAGCUUCUACUUCAAGAAGGAAGUUUUCCAUAUGACUUUUUUUUGUUGUUGUUGUUGUUUUCAAGACAGGGUUUCCCUGUGUAGACCUGGCUAUCCUGGAACUCACUCUGUAGAGCAGGCUGGCCUCGAACUCACAGAGAUCUGCCUGGCUCUGGCUCCUGAGUGCUGGGAUUAAAGGCGUGUGCCACCACCACCCCAUGACUUCUUAAUGAUGCACUGAUAUUCCUGACUCAAGUCAUGCACAGUUCCAUCGGCCUUAAUUAUUUGCCUUUUUGACUUGCUUUGUAAGCCUACCUUGAAAAUAAAUUAUUCAGUCAUCUUCCACUAUUCUCACAAGAUUGUCCUAGUUGCCUAGAAAGGAUAAAUAGAACAUACGAUACACACACUCCCCAACAAAUGGCAUGAAAUAAAAAUCCUUUAGGCUAAUCA